CUAUCACUCCACUUCUCUAAGCCAUGCACAAAAGGCCUUCACUUUAGCCUCUUUUUCUCCAUAACUUCUCACCUUUCAGUUUCGUUUUCUACAAAGAAUAAACCCUUUUUGUGAAGAGAGAAUAUAGUCUCAGCUGGAUCAGGAUCAUUCAUAUUGAAAUACCAGUUGUGUGUGACAAUCUUAGUUGGUUGAGGGUGCAAGAGAGAGUUUUGCUGUGAUGGCAACUCGUAGAUAUGCUUUUGGAAGGGCUGAUGAGGCCACUCAUCCAGACUCCAUGAGGGCCACUUUGGCUGAAUUUGCCUCCACUUUCAUCUUUGUCUUUGCUGGAGAAGGCUCAGGCCUUGCUUUGGUUAAGAUUUAUCAUGAUUCAGCUUUCUCAGCUGGCGAACUAUUGGCACUUUCACUGGCACAUGCAUUUGCUCUAUUUGCUGCUGUAUCUGCGAGCAUGCAUGUAUCAGGUGGUCAUGUCAACCCAGCUGUGACAUUCGGUGCUCUUCUUGGGGGAAGGAUCUCUGUGGUUCGAGCUGUAUACUAUUGGAUUGCUCAACUUCUAGGUGCUAUAGUGGCUGCCCUUGUGCUCAGGCUUGUCACUAAUAACAUGAGACCAUCAGGGUUCCACGUGUCAGAAGGUGUUGGCGUAGGACACAUGCUUAUACUUGAGAUUAUCAUGACAUUUGGGCUGAUGUACACAGUGUAUGCUACUGCAAUUGAUCCCAAAAGGGGUGCUGUUAGCAACAUUGCACCGUUGGCAAUUGGACUCAUUGUUGGGGCAAACAUCCUGGUUGGUGGGCCAUUUGAUGGAGCAUGCAUGAACCCUGCUCUGGCUUUUGGGCCUUCCUUGGUGGGCUGGAGAUGGCACAACCACUGGAUCUUCUGGGUGGGCCCAUUGAUUGGGGCAGCAUUGGCAGCACUGGUGUAUGAAUAUGUUGUGAUCCCAACUGAGCCCCCUCACCAACACCAACCUUUGGCUUCUGAAGAUUACUAGUUGCACUUGUGCAUCAAAAUAUGAGUGUUAUUAGCUUUUGUGUAUCAAAAUGUAAGAGUAUGCUUGUGUUUUGUUUUUUCAACCACCUUUCUGCUUGAGUCACCGCUAGGCUCCUGCAUGUGCAUUUUUACUUUUCUUGUUUUGGGGUCACAAAUGCCAAAAUCUACUCGAGUGUGUAGCUGUUGUAUUUUGUCUUCAACACAUACUGAAUAAAAUGUGUGUGAAACCCUAUUUUGUAUAGGGAUGUUGCUCUUGCA